ACAAAAACAAACAUUGCGUGUUGAACACGUUGGGUGUUCUCAAACAGAGUUCGAUAUAACCGAGAAUUAAUUGCAUUGCUUAUAUUAUCGAUGCUGAUAUUGAAUCCAGGAUGGAAAUAAAGAAUCUUUACACAUCCGUGGCCUGCAAUCGUACACCAGGAGCAUUAGACUGGGGCCAAGAUGGUCUCAUUUACUACGCUGCGUGUCAUGCGAUUUCAGUUUUUGACCCCAAUUUUCACGGUUCAUCCAAAAUUAUUCAAACCCUAAGUGGUCAUAAAGCUCGCGUAAAUACCGUUAAAAAACUUAACGCUCAUUCAAACGAGACUUCAGUUGAUCUGAUUUCCGGUUCGGAUGAUGCUACUUGUAUCCUAUGGAACACUCGAGAUGCAUUGCAGCCCAUCAAGCAUAGGUUGCAGGGGCACACCAAGGGAAUUACCCAUGUUGCCGCCAUCUACCAACAUGAAAACCUAACUGUGGCCACAGGAUCGGUUGACAGCAGCAUUAAGCUGUGGCGAAACGAUGGUCAGGCGUUUAAGUGUUUCCAAACGAUUGAUCUGAAAACAAGCUUCUGCUUCGCGUUGAAAUUUCUCCAGCUGCCCGGAUCUGAGUGCCUGAUGCUUGCGUAUGCUUCGGAUAAUGAUGCGAUAAAUUUGUGCACUGUCUCGAAUGAUGAAUUCGUUCCGGUGGAGAAGCUAACGGGUCAUUCUGAUUGGGUGCGAGGAUUGGAUUGCGUGGAGGAUGUGGACAGUGAAGAUUUGCUGCUGGCCAGCUCAUCGCAGGACAGUUUUAUUCGGCUGUGGAGAAUAUCCAAGCGGGAGCAUAUCGAAGCUCAAAAAUCAUUCGAAGAGUUUUCUGCCGAUGAAGAUAUCGUAUUGGAGGAGAGAGUUUUUAGUGUGACACAUCAAGGAAGCAGUUUCUUCUACGCUCUAUCGCUGGAAUCGGUUUUGCAAGGUCAUGAAGGAUGGGUUUAUGGGGUUCAUUUUCACAAACAAGGCUCGAAUCUUCGCCUGCUUUCCAGUUCGAUUGAUAAAACAUUGAUAGUUUGGGCUCCUUCCGAGUCGGGCAUCUGGUUCGAGAGUGUAAGAGUUGGAGAGGUUGGCGGAGGUUCUCUUGGGUUUUAUGGGGGAAAGAUGUCACCGGAUGGUCGGGCCAUUCUAGGUCAUGGAUUCCAAGGGAGUCUUCAUUUGUGGCAUCAAGAUAAGGCAGACGACAAACUUUGGACUCCUGGAAUUAUAGUGGGAGGGCACUUUGAGUCAGUUCGAGAUUUAACUUGGGAACCGGAAGGCCAGUUUUUAGUAACGCUUUCUGCAGAUCAAACCACAAGAAUACAUGCCGGGUGGAAACGGGAUGAUGCAAACGAAAGUACUCAAACAUGGCAUGAGAUCGCACGACCUCAAGUUCAUGGCUAUGACAUGCAGUGUUUGUGUAUGCUAUCAAGGUAUCGAUUUGCUAGUGGGGCAGAGGAAAAGAUCGUUCGGAUAUUCCAAGCACCGGGAAAUUAUGUAGAAAAUUUGCGGCAGCUUUGUGGGAUUACGAGCGAUUCUGAAGGGGACAACAUUCUUAAAACCACACCGAAAGGAGCCUCAGUACCGUCACUAGGUCUUUCCAAUAAACCUGUUUAUAAUAUCGAAGCUGAACGUGAAACAAAACACGUUAAGGACAUCUAUCCGGAGCACUAUUUUACCCCGGCAAGUAUGGAAACACCUCCGACGGAGGAAACUCUGAUGCAGAAUACGUUGUGGCCGGAGAUGCAGAAGCUUUACGGACAUGGUUAUGAAAUCUAUGCAUUAGCGGCUACAUCGAACGGAAGAUUUCUAGCAUCUGCAAGUCGCGCAACGUCCACUGAACACGCCAAAAUUCUCAUAUGGAACACUGCAACGUGGAAGAUUAUUCAAAAACUCGAGGCACACCAACUCACGGUCACCCAGAUAGCAUUCGCCCCUAACAAUGCCCUGCUGUUGGGUGUUUCGAGGGAUCGAACUUUGUCGGUAUUUGAGAAUAAGGUCACAGACGACGGAGAUUGUGAUUUUCAGCUUAUUACUCACACCAACAAAAAAACGAGUGUCCACACACGGAUCAUUUGGUGCUGUGAUUGGUCACACGACUCGUUACAUUUUUCCACGGGAUCACGCGAUGGAAAGGUGGUCCUGUGGGGACGUGAUGAGUCUGCUGCGGGUCUGUAUGCCAGCCAAGCGGUGAUCGAACUCAAAGGAGAAUCAGUCACUGCUGUGGCAUUCGCCAAACAGAAAAUUGAGGAUGAUCGAUACCUGGUGGCGACUGGGUUGGAAACGGGCAUCGUUCAUUUGUAUGCGGUUCGGCAGGACUGGAAGUUGCUAGUCAAGAUAGACCAUUCGUGUGGUCACCAUUUGACGGUAAAGCGUCUUGCUUUCAAACCUUCUAGCAGUAAAAUUCAGCUUGCAAGCUGUGGAGAGGAUAAUUUGGUUCGAAUAUACGAUAUUUGUUUUUAGUAAAACGCUAAUACUAAACAUCUACGUCUAUGUGUAUUGAUUCUAUCCGACAGAACGAUUUUAAUCCGA